AUGCCUCUCCGCGCCGAACGGCCCAUAGUGCGUGUCGAGCACAGCUCCAUGCGCACCAUCGAAACCCGCAGCACCGAGAACCUGUUCGGCCUCUGGUCUGUAUUUGCACGAUGCUCGCCUGCCAUGGAAGACGGCAAACGCUACGAGAACAUGGCCUGGCGGUUGUGGUCCCGCGAGACCUUCUGCUGCCAGCCAGACCCCGUGGCUGCUCCCCAGUGGACCUUCCAGCGCCAGUUGUCGGCUAGCGCCGCGGACAUGCCCGCGCUGUCUACCAGCGUCGCCUCCGACGACUCCAAUGUGGAAAGCGCCAUCAUCACCACUUCCCGCUCUGACCUCACGGCCGACCGCCCCGACCUGCGCCGCCACGACUCUGCCACCAGCCAGGCCCGCGGCAAGCACAUGACGCCCAUCGGUCUCGAGAAGGUCGUCAACUCGAUCCAAGAGAAGAAGUUCAUUGAGCCGCUCUCACCUCUGCCCGCACAGCUUGCCCCGCCCGUACCCGAGCAGAAGCCCGCCCAACACAACACCUCGCCGCCCACCACCGCCCGCCCCAUCCCCGAAGCCUCGACUUCCACUGUAGCCACUACGGUGAACAGCGACAUCAUGAGCCCCGCCGUCAGCUCCGAAGCGAGCACCUCCACCGACGUGAGCGAGCACAGCGUCGUUCGCGGCUUCGAGCCCGGCCACAUCUCCACCUCGGUACGGUCCACCACCAACCUGAACCCCACUCCCAUCCUCAAGAAGACCUCCAGCUUUGUCACCAAGCCGCUACCUGCCAAGGCCGACUUGAGCAAGAAGAAGCAGCCCAUGUUCACUCUGGGUGGCUCCUCAGAAGAGGAGAACGGCAGCUCCUUCGAGGCCUACUCUCUCCAGCGCAGCUCCCUCUCCCAGCAGCUGCGCAACGCCGCUCCCAUGCGCAAGACGACCUCGUUCAAGAACGAGGUCAGCACCCGCACCUUCCACGACGUCUCCGAGAGCAGCGAGGCGGCCAUUGAGACCGACAGCGAGGACGACGUCGACGAGAGCGCCAUCGAGGACGAAGACUCUGACGAAGACGAGUGGGAAGACGAUGACAACGAGGAGAGCGGUCCCCCCAGCGUUGCUGAGCACCGUCCCUUGUUCUCGCGCGUCGACUCACAGGCCAACCUCACUUCCCGCCGUUCCCUACUCACCACCGCGCUCCACCAAGGUGACCGCGCAUCAGCUCUUCAGAACGAAGCAUCGCGAUCAUCGCCUGCUAUCCGACGCUCCCGCACCAACGCACCCAACGGUCCAUCGACCGGCAACUCUCCCCACGAGGACAAGGGUCUGAUGAUGCGCGAGCCGGCUUCCCGCCCAAAGCCCAUCAUCAUGACCACCUCCAACGUCCACCCACCCGCCAUGUCCCCAAAGACAUGUCGUCGCAACAUGCUGACUUCUGAGCUCACUGGAUCACUCCGUCAGAACCUGCUGUGGGAGAGGCAACAAAAGAACGCUACAACCAACGCUGUAGCAAAGCGCGCUCAGAGCGCAGUCAACCUACCAGCCCUACGCCGGGCCAUGACCACCGGGGACGUAAAAGGCCUCAACACCAACGAGCAACAAGCUCAAAUUAGAUCCACCACCUUCCGGGACGACAACAAGCCCGACAGCUCAUACAACCAAUUCUUCGACGGCGGCGACGCCCAGGAGUACCACCGCUCCGGAUGGUAG